AUGUUUAUGCGGCGCUGGUCCGCCCUCACCACUGCCAUUGCGCGCGGCCAUGGCUCGUUUCAACGCCAGCACCCAUAUCCCUCCGUUGAGCGGUUACAGCCGGCUGGCCGCGCAGCCUUGCAACGCCAGCAGCCCUCAUUCGCCCGACCUCUCACCGGCCAGUCUGGACCACCAACGCCCGGUAACGAUGCGCCUAAUCCCGUAGACGAUGCCACCGAACAGGCCAACGAGCAAGAGGAGGGCGGAAAAUGGCAGAAGUACAAGGGAACGGCAUUCAAAAUGUUCGAAGCAGCUGCGACGACCGGCGCCUCCAUCCUGAUCCUCGGCUUGGUCGGCUACAGCUACACGCGCUACUACAAGCACAAUGUGCUAUCCAAGAUGGAGGGUGCCUUCACACCUGGCGAUCCUGUCCUCGAAUUGGCCGCGGUCGGCAAAGAAGUUCCUCAUGCACCGCAGAAAGACGCACCCGGAGGCCACGACGAGGGAGAGUAUAACCGCUGGAUACCCCGUGAGGAGCAAGCGCGCAUUGACAGGAUCAUGCGCGGCGAAGAGAAGGGCCGCUACCAUCUGCUCAUUGGCGAAAAAGGCACCGGGAAGAGCUCCAUGUUGAUCGAGGCCAUGUCCAAGAUAGACGGCGAAGGCGUUGCCAUGUUCGAAGCGCACGCCGAUCCUGAGAUAUUCCGCAUUCGUUUGGGCCGGGCUCUGGAUUUCGAAUAUCACGAAGACAACAUCGGAGCCCUGUUCUCAAUCCGCGGACCGCGCGAUGCGUCAGCGCUUCUGGACAUCGAGCGCGCGUUCAACAAACUGGAAAAGGUCGCUCUGAGACGCCGCGCGCGCGUCGGCCGCCCACUGAUCUUGAUCGUCAACCAGGCUCAUCUGAUUAGGGACGAUGAGAACGGUCGGGACCUAAUAGAGCUCAUCCAGCAGCGAGCCGAACAGUGGGCAGCUUCAAAUCUUGCGACCGUCAUUCUAAACUCGGACAAAUAUUGGGUAUAUGAGAGGCUGAAGCUCCACGCUACUCGCAUGGAAGUAACCCAGGUGUCUGACCUCCCCAAGGACCGAGCCAUGCAAGCGUUGAAAAACUACCGCAUGAAGUACUGGAAAGAAGCCACCCCCGAUUCUGUCCUCACGGAAGUCUACAACAGGAUAGGAGGCCGUUUGACAUUCCUGAACCGCGUGGCCAAGGCUCAAGACAUGAUCGUCAAAUGCGACGAGAUCUGCGAGUUGGAAAAGACUUGGUUUCUGAACAAUUGCGGCAUCCUCGGCACGGAGAUGGACGACGACGUCAUGGACCAGCAGAAGUACGCAUCGACAGCCAUGGUCCUUGCUCUCGCACUGCACAAAAAAUACGACGAAAUGGACAAAACAUACGACGAUAAGAUCGGCCAUAUCCUACCUGAGAUCCCGCUCCACCAAGCGCGCUACAUCAUGACGCGCGCCGACUUCAUCCACCAGCACCACGAGCUGUCCAUCUUCGCCAUCGACCGGCACGCCAAGGUCCGCGCCGACAGUGUCCCCAUGCAGCGCGCCUUCAACCAGAUAUGCUCCGAACCAGGAUUUGAAAAGUUCCUCGAGGCGACCCUGGAUCGUAUCGGCGAUAUCGAGAGCUUGGGCAGGACGAAGGAACUUACGUUUAAGGACUUGUGGGAGGGUGGCAAAUACAAGAUCACGAGCAGGGACAAGAAGGGGAAUGAGGUGGGUGUUGUUGAGAUGGAGACUGUCGCGCCGCCGGAGGACGAUGAUGAAGGUGGUGACGACAAAGACUAG